GAUUGGAAGGAUUUCAAUUCCUACAGUAUCAAUAGAUUGGAAAGGAUCCUGAAUCCUCUGUUUAGUGGGAUGUAUGUGAUAAAAUGUGAGCAUUGUAUUCUUCUCUUUACUUUGGGAGUGUAAUGAGUGCAUUGGGUUGGAAGGGGACAAAUUGCAUGGGAUUUGGCGGUGAAGAAUGCAGGACUAGUUGAUGUUAGCCCCAUCACCACCACUCACAAGCAGAGUAGCCAUUUGCAUGGCAGAGAGAGAGUGGAAGUCAGAAGUGUCAGAAUAGCUAAAGCUUGGACGAUCCCCAAUGGCCAAUGUGGAAGGAUUGGGUGACUUAAAAGCUCAAGUCAGUGUCCCCCACUUGGUAGUUGCAUUUACUUACUAUGCAGCUCAUCUGCAAAAAAAGCAAACAUGGAAGAUCACAAGGAAGCCAAUAAUAAUGUUGAUGAUCAAUCAAGAAGAGUUUUUCCUUGCUUGUUCUGUUCAAGAAAGUUUCACAGCUCUCAAGCACUUGGAGGCCAUCAAAAUGCUCACAAGAAGGAAAGAACAGCUGCAAGAAAGGCUAAAAGGGCAUCUGAAUAUGCACCACCACCACCACUGGUUUUUGCUCCGAAUCAUCGCUUAGGCCUUCUACAGCCUCCCAUGUGUAUAACCGCGCAUGCAGCUAGCCUGAAUCACUUCCCUAACCAUCUUGUUGGACCCAAUGGUGCAGCCAGGUUUGAAAAUGUAGUGUUCUAUGGAGGUCCAAGCUGCAGCUGGUAUAACCAAUUUGAUCAUCAAGACCAGCAAAGUUUGUUGAAUUGGCAGAGGGGAGGAAGAUACAGCAGUGACUUCAAUGGUGGAGAAGAUGUUGCAGUGAUGAAUAAUCAUCACAAUAGUGAAAAGAAUAAAGAUCCAAAGCUUGACCUCUCUCUCCAUUUAUGAAUUGCUUAGGGACAUUUUUUUUUCCCUUUUGAGUUUCUCAUGUUCUUAGGUUUAGGUCUUACUAUGUAAUAAAAAUCUCAUUUGGAUUCCAAUCGAUAGGAUUUGGAAAAUUUUGAUGCUGAUUGACAUAUCAGAAUUAUG